AUGGCAUCUCAGAUAGAUCAUUCAAAAAUAUUUCUCAGGGGACGAGUUAGUCGACAAGCCACGGAGGAACUUGGAUUGGGAUUAUAUUCAGAUCACUCCAUGAAUGGUUCGACGCCGGAAAGAUCAAAUGUUGCCAAAACUGCAAGACAUAGAAAUUCUGCCUCGCAGGUACGUUUUUCUCUUCCAGAUCCCAAAUAUAUCGAGUCUUCCACAAAUAGUGAUAGUUUAUACUCUCCAUCAACUUCUCCUCUGAAGAUUGUUUUUCCUAAAGACCCUGAAGACUAUGAAGCCCUGAAUGAUUCAAAUAUACUGAAUGAAGAAGAAAUACGAUCCCAGGGGCAUUUUAUGAAUUUAACCACUAAAACUAUGAUUGAUGUUCCAGAAGAUAUAUGGAAAUUUCAUCAGAAUCACAGAGCUCCAAGAAAUGGGCAUCGAAAAUCCAAAUCAACGGAUUGCAGCAAUGCGCAGGGAGGGAAUCAUGUCAAGCCCUUAAUAUAUAGUGAUCCGGUGAUUAGUGGGCACAAAAGGUCGAAGUCACUACAAUCUAUCAUCUCAGACACAAUAAAUCUAUACAAAAGUGAAACACUGAGUGCCUCUACGAAUGACUCCACUAGUAUAAGAAGGCAAGUUACUCCCCUCGAUAUUCCAUCUUCAGAACGUCUAAAACCUAGAAAGGAUGAUUUAUAUUUAACGCCAGAAUCACCAUUAAACAGGUAUAAUAUCCCUAUUCCAUUGGAAAUUAAGUUGCCACCUUUUCUGUCACCACAAAAUAAUAACAAAAAAAGGCGUAGUCUAGUCUACGAUGGAGCAGGAUAUAGUUUCUGCGAGGAUAAAAGUGAAGAAAGUGCACUAACAUUAUCUGAAGAGGAGUAUUCUAAUUCAAUAGUUUCCUCGGUGGAUCUUUCCAUCCCGUCGGCGACAUAUGAUAUUUCGUUCGAUAUGAAGGAUAGCAAUGCAAAAGUAACUGAUGAACUGUUAGGAAUAGAUGAGCAUGCAAAUGUGGAUCUCAAGCUUCAGAAUAGAAAUCUCAGAAAACCAAAAAUUUUGGAAAAGCAAGGAUUGCCUAAUACUACCUAUGAAAGAAGUAACGAUUUACAAUACAGUGUUAAUGUACCUGGCACUCCAAAAGGAGGAGAUAAUGCUCCCUCUGAUAACUCCAAACCGAAAAUUACCGCUAGGACACUCGGCAUAAAGGGCAGUUCGAAUGCCAGGGAUUCAUUAAAAAUCCUUUCGACACCAUCCAAACAAAUUAUAAUACCCGAUCUUGAACGAAAUCCAUUAAGUUCCCAGAAAAGUACUUUUUCCAAUGGUACCCUGAGCUUUUUUGAGAAGCUUCAGUCCUUUGAAAAUAAUGAUCAGUUACCAGAAAAUGAUGAGGUGGAGUGGAGCGAGACUGGAAAAUUAAAUUGCGAUUUCAAAUUUCCGUCACUGACGCCUUCUGAGGACUAUCAUCAACAUCAUACUGAAGAGCAUCAAAAUCUUCAAUUCUUUAACGCAUCUGCAAAGAAUAUAAGUAGAGUAGGAACCCAAUUUGAAGAAGAUGAAAAAUUUUCUAAAGACUUUAAGUCAAAUCUGCGUCUCAUGAGGAAUCCUGCUAGCCCCUCAAGAACCUUCAUAAACACGCACAGAAGAAGUAGAAGCAUCCGGAGUGUUGAUUUACAAUAUGUCGAUCUACAAAGCACUUCACCGACUUCUACAAAGUACGUUGGUCAUCAAAGUGAAAGGAGUAUGAAGACUUCCACUAAUAUUGGCCCUCAAGUCCCAGCUAGAUCAUCUUUGAGGCCAGUGUCUCCUUCUUCAAACAUCUAUGAGCCGGAUAAUACUUCAGAACAGUCUGACGAAGAUAGUAUAACAUCCUCCUAUUCUGAUCAUGAAAAUACAGAAUCUAGUGCGAAAAUAUUAUUUGAAAGACCUGCUGCUAAAAAUUUACCCAAAGAAGCUAGACCACUCUCCUCUUUUCAAUCAUUUUCUAGUCCCAUUUCUGACUACAAUCUGGAACUUGAAUAUACUACAUAUGAAGACACACAUCCUGUGCUUCCGACUCGACAACUUUCCAAUGUUGGAAGUAAGCAAUCGGCCUCUACUAUUAAUAACUCUGAAUUUUCACAUUUAUCAUAUAAAACCGAUUUGACGCUCCCCAGCAGUCCAUUAUUGACUCGCUCAGUCAUUUUGGAAAAGCACAAGCGAAAUUCGAUGGCAUUGAGGGAAGAGGAUGCUGGUGAGAAAAUAGCCAAUCGGAAUGUGCCACUAAAGAAGAUUCUUGAUUACGAGACAGUGCAGGAAAGAAUUGGAGGAAAGCUAGUUGAUGUGAUAGUGCUGGAUGAUAUCGAGGAGGGGAAAAAUACGCAGAAAAGUAAAGUUCCCAAUAGAAAAAGGUAUACUGAGGUACUGGAAAUGUGCGAGAAAACAGCUCAGGAUGCAAGAUGCGCCAUUUAUGAUCUUGUAAAGAAUGAAACAUGCAAUGAGACAGUGACGGGAAAGCGUUCUGCUCAGCUCUUCGAAAAGCAAGCACAGCAGGAGCGGUACCUUCGUAAUUUGAACAGGUCUAUUAAAAUACGCUCUAGGAGUAAAUCAAACUUUAAUUAG